AUGAGUGAAAUCAACGAGUCCUUAAUAGAAGCACCUCUGAAAGCCUUACUUGAAGAGGUAAGACAUUUGUAAUAACUGGUAGGUAUUGUUCUGCUUGGAAAGCUACUUGGAGGGCUAGAGUGACUUAAAGCUAAUUGAAAAUUAAUUAAAAGAUUACGACACAUUGCCUGGCCUAGUUAAAAUCAUCGGCAGUGUAUUCAAGACUUUGAUGAAGAAAGUUGAGAAAAAGAUGACACUACUAAAACUUAAUCUAAACGAUAAUAGUUCUCAACAAAGUUAUCAUCCUGAAGAGGAAUAUGAAAAAUUGGAGCAAAUUAUACAAAAAUACGAAGCAGAAAUAAGAGGACAUUUUAGUGUAACAUGAGUUUGAUUAGUUCUUUUAGAUUGAAUAAUAGCUUAAGCUUUAUAACGAUAGUUUACUAUAGAAGAUAGAAGAUCUGGAAAAGUCCCACAAGGAAACAAUAGAAUAAUUAAAUAAAAAAAUUUAUGUAUGUGGUUCUAAUUUAAAAUUUAGGCCUUGAAAAAGGAUCUCGGAAAGUCAACAGAGAGUUAUCGGUAACUUAUAAAAGAGAAUGAAUAAUUACGAGAGUCAGUAGAUCACCAACACAUUGUACAUACAGAUAGUGAAGUAAAUGGUAGGAUGAAAGAUAAAAAGUAAUUUGAGCUAAAUUUAUUAGUUUUGUCAUUCAGAUCAUAGAUUGAAAAGAGCUGACUAUAGUAGUGAAUAUCCAGCAUCGAUUGCUAAUCUAUAUCCUUAGAAUU